AUGUUGCAGAUCAAGCUCACAGCCUACAUGAAGUACUUGGUGAGUUCCAACUUCACUGUUGAAAUCCACAAGAUCCGGACGAUGUGUUGUCCUCCUGGUGGCUGCCGCUUGCGCUUCUCAAGUGGAGAGAAGCGAGAGGCGGAGCCAAGCACAGGCUACCUUUAUCCUCCUUAUGGUCGCCACCACAGUGCCGACUACCAUGCCGCUCACUACCACUCUCUUCACAAGAGGUCCGCUGAUCCUGAGGCAGCUCAUAAGAGGUCAGCCGAACCCUCUACCGGCUACCAUCCCUACAGCCCCUACUACACCCCAUACAACGCCUACGUGCACCAUCCUCAUAAGAGGUCAGCCGAACCCUCUGCCGUCUACCAUCCCUACAGCCCCUACUACACCCCAUACAACCCCUACGUGCACCACCCUCAUAAGAGGUCAGCCGAACCCUCUACCGUCUACCAUCCCUACAGCCCCUACUACACCCCAUACAACCCCUACGUGCACCACCCUCAUAAGAGGUCAGCCGAACCCUCUAUCGUCUCCCAUCCCUACAACCCCUACUACACCCCAUACAACCCCUACGUGCACCACCCUCAUAAGAGGGCAGCCGAACCCUCUACCGUCUACCAUCCCUACAGCCCCAACUACACCCCAUACAUCCCCUACGUGCACCAUCCUCAUAAGAGGGCAGCCGAAGCUGACCAUGGUUACCAUCACAACCGCUACCAGUACCAUGGAGUCCCCUCCGGUCACGGCUUCAACCACCGCUACUGA